AGAAAGCAGUGUUGUUGUCUUCUCGGUUGAGUUUUCUCACGCGUUUGAUUUCUCAUUUAAUUUCUUUCACACUCACACACACUCUUCUCUCAAAAAAAGAAAUGGAAGGAAGUGGUGAAAGUGGUGAAUGCGAUCCUUAUGAUAUGCAAUGCGCUCCUUCAUCAACAAUGGGAAUGGGAACGCGAAGUUGGGAUAUGAAGAAAUCAUUCAACCUCGCCCUUCGCCCUCUCCUCACUGCCUGCUCUAACCAAGGAUUCUGCAGUGCCUUUCCAAAUUUAAGUACCGAGGAGCAACAACAUCUCCACCGCCUAUUUCUCCAGGUCCUUACAUCAUUACAUGAAAGUAUUGAGGAUGAGUUCGAGUCUUUAUGUCUUGAAACACAGGUGGGAGCCGCUCUAGAUACUGUAGAGCAACUUGUGGAAGAACAAGCCUUGGACCCUUUGUUUUCAGAUAAGACUAAUGUAAUGGAUGUUGCUCAAAAUCUUUCAUCAGCAAAGAGGAGUGAGAUCCAAUACUUGACGGAUAUGCUAAAUAUGGUUGAGGAACAGAAUCGCCAUAUUCGUGCUCAUGUUGAAAUCCGCAGGAAGGAGAUGGAAGAUGCCAAACGCUUGGCAGAUGCCGUAGAGAAGUUAAGAAGCAGGAGUUUAAGUUAUGGGACAUUUGGCAGCAACAUGGUUGAUUAAAUUGGUUUUGCAUAUUGACAGCUGCUUCCUUCAGUGGAUUUUUACAAUAUAUGUCUGUCUAUCUUUUGUUCUCAAAACCUGUCUAUCACAGCUUGUUAAUUGUGAUACAGUUCUAGUGUGUAUAGGCCUUUAUGGCUCUUAGGAAUUCUUGUUAAUGGACUAGUCUUAUUCUGAUGUUUAAGAUCAUAAGAAGCUGAGAAAUUUGCCCACUUAUGAUAUCCGUGUCAAUUGCUAUUGAAUUUAAUAUGACUUAUUGACACUA